CACCUGUUCUCUUGUAGACUCACCUGAAACCUCGCCAGGUAGGAGGAAGAGACAGAGUGAGGCAAAAACGAAAGAUAGUUUUCAGAGGUGAAGGUGAGCUAAGACACUUUGGAAUUUUUGACAAGAAGAGUAACAAGACGAGAGAAUCAACAGACAAGGAAGAAUACAGGCGACCAACCUCAUCUCUACCUAUCAUGUCUUUGUCUAAGCCAGAGGGGCAGCUAGCCCACGAGCUGAGCUGUCCCAUCUGCCUUCAGCUCUUCUCUGAUCCGAUGGUUCUCCCCUGCGGACACAACUACUGCCGAGCCUGUAUCUGGAAGUCAGUUGACAAGGGGGACAUAUCAUGUUGCCCAGAGUGCCGUGAGGAGUUUCAAGGUUUAAAUUCCCUGCAGAAAAACUUCAAACUCUGCAGCAUCAUCGAGGGUUACCUUGCCACUGCACCGCUUCUGGACUGUCGGCAGGACACUGAGCCUGGGGGGAUGGAGGUUUUCUGCGACCACUGUAUAGAUGAGCGGGUACCAGCUGUGAAGUCUUGCCUGAAGUGUGAGGUGUCACUGUGUUCCAGGCACCUCCAGAGACAUCACGAGAAGGAGUCGUUCAAGACGCACACUGUGGUGGAGCCCACGAAUGAGCAUGGGAUGAAGUGCUGCUCCAUCCACCGGCGUCCCCUCGAGUAUUUUUGUUCCAGCGACAUGACCCUAAUGUGCAGCAUGUGUGUCGUAGAGGGCUUUCACCAGAACCACGACGUUCUCACCUUCAGCGUAGCCGAAGAGGAGAUGAGGCGAGCGUUGGAGGGCCGCAGCAAGGUGGUUUCUAGCAGACUGCAGAUGACAGAGAGUCUCCUACAGAAGCAAGCAGAGGAGCGAGGAGCCUCUGAAGCUGUAGGGGACAAACUGGUCAUCAAGGCUAUCACUGUCAUGGACAGUGUGGCUGCCCUAGUGGACAGCUACAGGGAGCGACUGCGUGUGCUGUUGGAGGAGGAGAGAGGCCAGCGCAGAAAAAGCUGGCAGUUUGGACUGGGUGCACUCGAAGAGCAACAGCAGCAGUUAGCGGAGGCACAGCAAAUUGCCGCAGAGGCCCUAAAUGAGACAGACCCAUGCAUCUUCAUACACAGGUUCAUGCUGAUUGACCAUAAGCUGAGAGAAGCUGUCACAUGCAAAAUUCCCACCAUCCCCUCAAAUGCUCCGCUCAACACCAAGCAUCUCCACGCAAGCCUCAAAACCAAAGACUUCUGCUCAGAAAUGACCCGCCUCCUGGAUUGCCUCCACAUCCUCCUGAACCCCCUUGAGCUCAGCUUCAACCCCUGCACUGCUCACCCCAGCCUGAUAGUGUCCAAUGACCUGCGCACGGUCAAGUACAGUCCCACCAAGCAGCCAUAUGCAGAGCACCCAGAGCGUUUUUCAAGCGCGCCCCAGAUUCUUUGCAGCCAAGGGUUCUCCAGUGGGGAGCACAUAUGGGUUGUAGAGAUGGGGGCCAACUGCAUGUGGUCGGUGGGUGUGUGUUACAAGACCAUCCCUCGCCGUGGUGACCAUAGUCGUUUAGGUCACAAUUCUGUUUCCUGGCGGCUGCAAUGGAAAAACGGCAAGCUGACAGUGUGCCAGUCCUCCUGCAACGUGGCUCUGGGGGAAACCACCACUCCUCCGCUGAAGAUUGAGAUAGCGCUGGACUGUGAUGCAGGGACGCUAAUGUUCCACAAUGUCAGAGGACGCAGGGAGCACCUCCACACCUUCAGGGUAGUGUUUAGGGAGCCGGUUUACCCAGUGUUCACUAUACAUUCAACCACACCAGAGUCCUGGAUCACACUGCACAGGGGGAUGUAAACACUAUUGUUUAAUUUUUUCCAUGAAUAGAAUUCAUUUGGGUGUAAUUUGGCCUCUCACUUAGAUUUUUUCUUUGUAAUUGUAUUUACUGCGCUUUUUUAAAUGUGUGUAUUCUACCAAAAUGGUGCAUUUAAGUGCGGUGUCAUCCCCAGACAUUUUCCAUAGGGUUGGCCAGAUGGGGCCACUGGAAAUCUUGUGGUGCACACUAAAACCAAAAGCCAUAACUGAAUUUCAGGAACUCACUUAUUCUGUUGCUAGUAUAUAGGCUUGAUGAAAACUGUGUCAAUAUGGAGAUUUAAGUAGUUGCAUAUCAAUAUACUUUGUUUUCUUAUUUUACAGUUAAUAUUACUAAUGAUCUGAUAUACAUAGACUAAUACUGGUAAAGAUAAUAUUUUGAGUUCCACAACAGUCCUAAUUUAAAGUAUUUUGAGGUGAGAGUUUGGGACCCUUUGAAAAUGGCCAUGCCAGUUGUUCCCUCGCCAAAAUGUUGCCUAAUUUGAGAGUGUUGUUUAGCCCUCUUCCCUACAAACUAUGCUGACAUUGUUGUCAAAAGACACUGUAUAUAAUAACGGACGUAGCUACCAUGACGUCACCUGUUGGUCUGUGGACUGCCAUUUUUAAAGCCUUAAGUUUGGCAUUUCGGAUGUUGCCAUCUUGGGUUACUUGAAGCACAGAACAAAAGUUUUUGGACCAUAUUUGGACAAGAGGGUGGAGCUGUUGAGAAGUGAGGGGUGGAACUGACUCUCAGACUAUAGCAACACCUAACAGAGAGCCUGGCACUUAGGUGGCCCUGCCCUUUAAUAUGCGUAGCUUUGGGCCUUAAUAAAAUGUGAAAAGGUGAGUUAUAAAAAAAAUUCACCCCUUGUACAGUUGUCAUGAAUGUUGAUA